UAAAAACGGAAACACCAUAAAAGUCGACAAUAUUGCUCGGGAGAUUAUAAAGCGGAAAAGAGAAAAUUCAACGAUCGUUGCUGAUAAAGACGUUGGAGAGACGAUAGUAGCCGCGGCCAAAAAGGGGACGACCAAGAAAGAGGCAAUGAACACUUCCUUGCUAGCACUAAAGAAAUAG